AUUGAACACACUUAAUAAAAUUCCUAACUUAGGACGGCGAUUACCAUUUGGCCACGUUGUAAAUCAAUUUUCAAUCUAUAUGGAGUAAAAGGGGAAAAAGAGGCCACCUAAGGUCUACCCAACUAAUUUGGAAUUUCUGGACAUUCACCAUAUAUAUAUAUUCCUCCAUUGUAGCUUCAAAACAAACCAAAAACAGAGCAUUUUCUUAUAUUCUUACACUUUCUACCAAUCUUCUUCUUCUUCCUAAAUGGAUUGGAUCAGAGGUCAUACCAUAGGCCGCGGCUCCUCUGCUGCCGUCUCCGCCGCCAAAUCACGUUUCUCAGGUGAAGUUUUUGCUGUUAAGUCAGUGGAGCUAUCGAAGUCACAGUUGUUGCAAAAGGAGCAGAAAAUUCUGUCCGAAUUGAUCUCCCCUUAUAUAGUUAGGUACAAGGGGUAUGAUGUUACCAAAGAGAAGGAUAAACUCAUGUUUAAUAUUAGGAUGGAGUAUAUGCCGGACGGUACACUUUCCGAUGAAAUUCGAAAACAGAGUGGCCGGAUGAACGAACCGUUGAUCGGGUAUUAUACGAAGCAAAUGGUACAGGGAUUAGAGUACUUACAUUCAAGAGGCGUAGCACACUGUGACAUAAAGGGGCAAAACAUUUUAUUAGGUGAAACCGGUGCCAAAAUUGCUGAUUUUGGAUGUGCCAGGUGGAUUGAUCCGGCGGAGAGGGGCGGUGAUGCAGAGGCAAUUGGAGGAACGCCGAUGUUCAUGGCACCGGAGGUGGCGCGUGGGGAAGAACAGGGGUGUGCAGCAGAUAUUUGGGGAUUGGGAUGUACAAUUAUUGAAAUGGCUACUGGUGGAUCGCCAUGGAAUAAUGCGACAAACGCAGCUUCAUUACUUUACAAAAUAGCAUUUUCAGAGCAAUCCCCUGAAAUCCCUAAAUUCCUCUCUUCACAAGCAAGGGAUUUCUUAAACAAAUGCUUGAAAAGAAACUCAAAAGAAAGAUGGACAGCUAAACAACUCCUCAAACAUCCAUUUCUCGAGUCAAAUUCUACGGCAAUUCAAGAUUUUGUGACGAGUUCACCAACGAGCAUUUUAGAUCAAGACAUAUGGAAUUCAGAAUCUACGAUAUUACAAACAGUUAGCUGUCCUGUGCAAAGGGUAAGAGAAUUAAUUUCAAAUUCAGGUGAAUUGAAUUGUAGAUGGAAUGAUGAUGAGAGAUGGAUGACAGUUAGAAUUAAGUCAUGAACAAUGAAAUCUUGCUGUAAAUUUUGUACUAUACAAACACUGUACAGAUCCAGUAAUGUAGAGUUGAAUAAUAUGAUAUUUUACUUUUUAUCCUUCAAUA